AUGAACACUACGCAAGCAACUUCAACAACGAGCGGAGAAGCACAGAAAACAACAACCUCAGAGUCGACAUCGCGUACCGUAUAUGCUUCACAAGAAUCGAGCAUUAGGCUAUUCAAAAAGGAAAACUGGACUAUUCAAAGUCUAACUGAAGUGACAAAGCGUAAAACCCAAGAGCCAGGCCACACAAAAGUAGGAAGAAAAAUACCAGACAUUGAGGAAGAUGAAUAUGAAGAAGGUGAAGAAAGCUUUUUGUCAAACAAGCUCAAACUCACACUCUUGAUUGCCGUUGCUAUAGUUGUGCUUCUUGUACUUCCACUAAUCAUUGCUUGUACAAUCAUCAUGAAGCGGAGAAGGCGGAGCAAAGCAAGGAAGAAGGACGCUAAAAUUAAACCAGAAAUAUUGGGAGAACUUCCGGGUAUGCAGGCAACUUCGCCCAUGGAUUCAAAAGAAUUUAUGGGAAUGGGAGCUAAAGAUGGACCUUCAAAGGAAGGGGAAAGUCCUGUAGCUAGAAAAUCAAAAGAGAAGCAGGCAACGUCUCCCAUGGAAAUUAACACAAAGGAGAUGGAAGCGAUAUUUGGACCCAGUAGAGCGAAAGAACUUUCGAGAGAAGGGGAAAGCCCUGUGGCUGAAAAAUCAAACGAGCCACUGGGAACCAUAGGACCUUCGAGAAUUGACACGUACUUUUCACUCCCAACGCAUUAG